UGCAAAUCUCAUUCAUAAGGACAUGGGCGAUGUCCGGCAAUGCCAAUGCCUGCCAAUGAACUGCUCUCAAAAAAUGAUCAUAUAGAGACAGGUUCAAGUUCGACGAAGCUCAUGUUUUGCUCAAAUACUCCACUCCCUUUUUCCUGCGCCUCAGCCCGGUCCAUCUCUCUCUUACCCCUCUAAACUGGUACUUAUACCCGGAUUUCAGCAGCUGCUUCGAGAACAUUGUAACGCUUGCGAAACCCGUGGAAUAACCAUAUAAAUACGUCCAAUUACAUCCUAUCCGCUUUCAUCAAAAAAAAAAACACCAGCAAUUUAAGAUGAAUAAUUUGACACCAAUGAUUAUUGUGAUGACGAUGGUGAUGAGUGUUGGUCUUGUGACUGGAGACAACAGAGAUACGGCGCAGAAGUUUGGAUGUCCGCAUGAUCAAGUGUUUGGACAUUGUCGAUGGAUCGAGACCAACGACAAUGGGUUUAUAAAGUGGUAUGUCGCUAGUGCGCCACGUUACGGACCAGGCUAUUCGUGUCGAAGUAUCGACACGGCAUACUGUUGCGAUGACAAGAAAGAGACCCAUGCUAUCCUCGGUAAUGGAAUAAAAGCUAGGAAUGAUGUUGCCGAUUUCGUCAAUGGCAAUCAAUGUGUGGCUGCAAAGACUCGAUGAAAGUACCAUGGCGACCUCGGUUGGAUCACUUCAAGGUGUCUGAUCAGAUUGCAGGUCCUUGAGCACCUUGAUUAUCCGUCAUCACUUUAUCUCGCCAUGUUUAUCUCUUGCUUAUGUUUGUCAUCACUCCUGGUCAGAACUUCAGCCACAUUAAUUGAGCUUCUGUUACGACAUUAACCGCAGUUUGAUUUUUAUGUAAUCCAUCUUGGACAGACAAUCCAAUCUCUUCUUACCAUCUGUUCUGCACAAACUCGUUAUUCAGAGUCAGUUGAGUGAAGAACUCACUUUGAUCAGA